AUGUUGAAGGUAGCGGCAGUGGGCCUGCUGGUCAUAGCGACCGUCAACAGCCAGUGUUUCUACAAAGAUGACUCUUCGAAGAAACUCGACCCUGAAGCUCGCGUAUCGUUAUACCGAGGGCAGCUGGCAUUCACUCUGAACUUGUUCAACGCCAUUAACAAAGCUGUUCCCGACGACAACAUCUUCUUCUCACCCUUCUCUGUUUACCACACGCUCAUGCUCGCCUACUUCUCCGCUGGUGGACAAACUGAACACUCCUUGAAGGAAUCUCUGCGGAUCGCUGAAAGUAUGGACAAGAUCAACCUGAUGACGGCAUACAAGGUUGACAAGCGGUCGCGCGCUGCCAACAACAACAGCGACAGCUACGAGUUCACGAGCGCCAACAAACUGUUCACAGACGUCAGCCUGGAAGUGCGCCAGUGCAUGCUGGACCUGUUCGGAGAGGAACUGGAGACACUGAACUUCCGUGAGGAUCCUAGUGCAGCUCGCACGUACAUUAACGACUGGGUUAGUCGGAUUACCAAGAACAACAUCAAGGACUUGAUACCCGAGGACGGUAUCACGCAGGCUACAAAGUUGGUGCUCGCUAAUGCUGCCUACUUCAAAGGAGUGUGGGCUUCCAAGUUCCCCAAAGAGAGGACAAAGAAGGAGGCCUUCUUUGUUUCGGAGACACGUCAGACACUCGUACCGUUCAUGAAGCAGAAGGGAACGUUCCAUUACAUGGUAAGCGACGAGCUCGGUGCCCAGAUCUUGGAACUGCCUUACAAGGGCAACGAUAUCAGCAUGUACAUCUUACUGCCCCCUUACUCUAUGAAGGAAGGUGUCACCAACAUUAUCGCGAACCUGACCCCGGAGCGCCUGGCCUCUGUCGUCGAAGAAGGUUACAUGGGUCGUGAGGUCAUUGUUGAAAUACCCAAGUUCACCGUCGAGAAGAGCCUGCCUUUAAGAGAUGUGUUGGAAAAAUUAGGUGUCGGCGACUUGUUCAAUGCGACAGCUGACUUCACCACGUUGUCGGAACAGCGUGGCAUUCUCUUUGACGAUGCCGUUCACAAGGCGAAGAUACAGACUGACGAAGAAGGUACUGUAGCAGCUGCAGCAACAGCAAUCUUCGGCUUCCGUUCAUCCAGGCCUGCGGAGCCGACUCGGUUCGUGGCCAACUUCCCAUUCGUGUACCUCAUCUACGAACGUCCCACCAACUCUAUCCUCUUCAUGGGCGUCUACAGAGAUCCCAAGAAGUAA